CGCCCUGCCAUGUCAUACCAUCAAAGCAAAGCUUCUAGCUCUGCAAUCAAGCCAAUACUCUCGAAUUCGUAGAACCGAUAUGUCGUUGAUUCCAAGCUUCUUCGGUAACCGACGCAGCAGUGUGAUCGAUCCCUUCGCUCUCGAUGUUUGGGAUACAUUUAAGGACUUUUCUUCACUCGCCACUCGUUUCCCUCAAGAAACCUCUGCUUUUGUCAACACCCGGAUAGACUGGAGGGAAACCCCGGAGGCUCACGUCUUCAAGGCCGAUCUUCCGGGACUCAGGAAAGAGGAAGUGAAGGUGGAGAUCGAAGAUAACAACGUGCUUCAAAUUAGCGGAGAGAGGAAGGUAGAGAAGGAAGACAAGAACGACACGUGGCAUCGUGUGGAAAGAAGUAGUGGGAUGUUCUCCAGGAGGUUUAAGUUGCCGGAGAAUGUGAAGAUGGAUGAAAUCAAGGCUUCCAUGGAGAACGGAGUUUUGACUGUCACUAUUCCUAAAGUUGAGGCGAAGACACCUGACGUCAAGGCCAUCGAAAUCUCUGGUUAACUGCUCUGUUUAAUAAUAAUGCUAUGGGGACUGUCUUGUCUAUAGAAACUGAGUGCGUGCAAAAAAGUUCUGCUAAUAAAUAAUAAUGUAAUAUCUUUGUUCUAAGUUGAAUAUAUGUAUCAUCUAUAGUUUGUUCUUCAA